UGCAGCCUGUCUUGGUAGGACAGUUCUGCUGUCAUAAUGGCCAGCAUUAGUAUGGGACUAUGCAUGAAGAAGAAGCUGUAGCAUUGAAGCAGGUUUCCUUUUUUAGUCCUUAUGGAUGCUAUGAGCACCAGGAAUCACCAUUGUAUUUUUACAUCAAGAUCCUUUUUGUUGUUUUGCUGCCAAGUAGCAGGACACUGACCCCUGCAGCAUGCUGACUCAGCAGCGGUCACAGCGCACUGAGAUCCCAGCUGCAGAUUCAACGGGUUCCUUUAACCGAAGAAGGCGAAAUUCCAUAUUUGUCACUGUGACCCUUUUCAUUGUCUCCACUUUAAUUUUAACGGUGGGUCUGGCAGCAACCACUAGAACAGAGAAUGUCACAGUAGGAGGUUACUAUCCAGGUGUAAUUCUUGGAUUUGGAUCCAUACUUGGAAUCAUUGGAUCAAAUUUAAUAGAAAAUAAAAGACAGAUGCUUGUUGCAUCUAUAGUUUUUAUCAGUUUUGGAGUGAUUGCGGCUUUUUGCUGUGCCAUUGUGGAUGGUGUUUUUGCUGCCAGACAUCUAGAUCUCAGACCUAUCUAUGCAGGCAAAUGUCGAUACUUUACCUCUUCAGAUGAGGAUCGCUCCACUGACACUACUGAGGUGAUGUGCCAGAUGCCAACUCGAGGAUCUUGUUCACUGAAAGUAAAAAGCAACACCUGUUAUUGCUGUGAACUAUAUAACUGUGGGAGGGCUGGAAUUACAGGACUGUACUAUGAGUAUAUUGAUGUAAAAAGCUGCCAAGAUGUUAUACAUCUUUACCACUUGUUGUGGUCAGUUACUAUACUGAACAUAGUGGGUUUAUUCUUGGGUAUUAUAACAGCUGCAGUACUUGGAGGAUUCAAAGACAUGAAUCCUAGUAUUCCUGCCAUUAGUUGUAUUGUUGAGACCCCACGCCCUACAGUGCAAUACAACACAAGACCACCAGUGCCGUCUUACAAUACCUAUUACCACAGCACUCCGCACCUGCCACCUUAUACUGCCUACGACUUACAGCAUUCCAACGUAUUUCCAGCUUCUACACCGUCUGGCUUGUCAGAUGAUCCUAAUUCAACAUCACAAUCCGGUUCCAGCUUCAUGUGGCCAUCCGGUGCUCCACCGCGCUAUUCUCCACCUUAUUUUCCACCAGAUGAAAAGCCUCCACCUUACACCCCAUGAUCUUCACACGUAUGGAGCCUUGUCUCCUUAGCAGAAAUUUUAGGCCAAACGCCUGCCACAUACUAUGAACUUUUAUAACUUCAUGGUAUGCAUUUAGGAUACCUGUGUGGACUGGAUGACAGGUGUUGGCUGGGUAAAAUGUGUAUAUAUGUGUGCAAGGCACCUAAGAUAUACAACAGUGACUUUUUCACUUCUGCCAAAUUCAAAAUGCACAUGAUCAGCUUUACAUGGAUGUACUGAAAUGGAAAAGUUCAUUGGAUGGUGCAUUCAUUUCAUUGUUGCACUAGUGCUUCUUUUGUAGUGUGUGUGUGUGUGUGUGUACUUUAUGUUAUUCUGUGUAGUAAUACAUGUUUCUUCCUCCUCCACUGGGUGGAAAACUACUCCAUGGGAAACCAUGCUGACUCCAGCUGUCUUUGGCUCAUGCUUCUCCUUUUCAAUCAAAGCACCAGCAAUGCAAAAGACACAGUGGAGAAAUUGGAGACAUCCAAGCUUUAGUGUUCAAUAUAAAUUGAGGAAUCCUCUGAAUGUAAUUUUUUUUCUUUCAACAUACCAUUAAAGUAAACUUACGAAAUGAACUGUUUACAUCAAAAUCCAGGGAAACGAUCUCUACAUCAAGGACUGAGUAGCUGGGAGUGUCUCAUUUUAUCAUGCAACAUUGGUGCCGCUCAACUGUACCAUGAGUUUAUGAUGAGAUCACUAUGUUACUUCAAAAUAAAGUCUUAGGUGCGGAAGCACU